GUUAAGCCAUUUUAACAAAAUGGAGCGGCGCGAGGAUGCACUUCGGCAGGCCAUCGAUGAUAAUGCCAAGGAAACGGAUCGUUGGCAGACAUACAAAACCGAUAAUGAGACCGCCAUUCGAAAUUUAGAACUGUUCGCCAAGAACCUCAGCGUGGAGGUUAUGGUGCCCAUUGGCAGGAAAGCUCUGAUGCCGGGCCAGCUCAUACACACAAAUGAGCUACUGGUGAGCCACAACGAAGGAUACUUCUCGGCAUGUUCGGCGCAUAAGGCUAAGGAAAUAUGCCAGCAUCGCCUUAGGCUGGCGGAGGAACGCUUGAAAAAACUUGAGACCGAAGCUAACCUGUGGCAAAACAAAUUGAACGCGCCACUUGCGGAGGGCGCUAUGGCGGAAGCUGGGCAGGUGGAAAUCAUUGAAGCCUACAACGAGGAAGCUGAAAUCAAGUGGAAGGAGCAACACAAAGAAAAUACGCGCAGGAUGAAACAAGCGGAGCGCAAGGAACGUGAAGCAAAACUCAAUAUGUGCGAAGAUAAGUUACAAAAAUUGGAGGAACUCGACAUAAUAGAAGAACUGGGUCUGGACCCUGACAGUGCAGAUCCCGAGAUGCUCGAAGAGCUGCUGACAAAGAUUGGAGACAAACCAGCUGAAAGGAAAGCCACGGAAGAGGAGCCCAUUAAUUUAAAACUUACUGAGGAGGAGGAAUCCCAAAUUCGGAACACAGACCAACAACUGGUGCAUCAAUUAAUGUCUGGUGAAAUAAGGCAAAGUUCGUCGAAAAAACGUGUAGCAAGAGCUCCAAAUAAAAGUGAUAACGACACCAAGAGUGUGAAUAAUGGCAAAGUUAAUGGCCAAGAAGAGAUCCAGACUGUUGAUGAUAAAGCUGAUGUCCAAGAAGAAAAGGCGCAAACUACUACAGAAAAUGUAUCCUUGUUGCCCAGUGUAGAACGUGAAGACGAAAGAGAAAGUGUGGAAGAUGAACCUGUCGACCAGGAAGAGGAGGUGCAUACCAUUCGAAAUCAGAUAUCGCUGUUGCCCAGCGAAGAACGUGAACCAUUCCUGAGGUCCCAGCUGGAGGUUCUAAAGGCGAAAAUGCGUAAAAUACAAAGAGUUAAAUUUAUAAGCGAAGAGCUGACUCAUUUAAUGAAUGUGGUUGUCACGCUGGAAGAUGACCUCCAGGAGUUGAUUUUUGAGAACGAUCUGGUUGAAGCUAGCGACGAUGAGGAGGCUUCCAUUGAGGAGGUGGACCCUAAAAAGCGGCGUAUUUCCUUUGCUUUAUCAGAGGAGAAGCUUGAAUUCCAUACCCACGAACCCGUUGCCGAAAUGUUGCCAAAGGCAAAGCAGCGGGCCCGUGAAGUUAUAAAGCUGGAUGAACCAGCGAUUCAGACAUUUGCUGCAGUGCAUCAAGAGAAAGUAAGCAACAAGAGCUCGGAGAUAUUGCAAAAGGUUCAGCAGAACGUUGAUUAUGUCCAGGAGAAUCAGAGUGCCCAAGAUUUUGAUUUGCUUAACCGAAUACUUGAGGAGUCAACUGGACGCAUCAACACAUUACACAUCAGCUUCAAACAUUCCGAUGCGGUGCCUGCUGCGAUGCCUGAAUGCCUCGAAGGAACGCCUGGGACGCCGGCAGAUUUCUACGUGCAGUAUGAGAAUGCGUUGGCUAAGGCACAGCCCACUUUUCCCAUAUACGUGAACGGUUUCGAAGGCGAGCACGAACUGAAAGUGCCCAUACUGAAUGAAACUGUGCGCGAGGGGGCCUACGAGGAUCCUCGAGCUCAGUUUUCCAAGCCAGAUAAGAGUGCUACCGAAGCCGUUGAUGAACCGUUAUCGAAGUCAAUCCUGAGAAACAAAUCUGCUGUUGAGCGCGAGUCCCACAUAGGCACAAAACAGACGAAGAAGGCAAAGAAGGGCAAAGUCAACAGGCCAAAGAAGGAGCGCACCCUGGACGAUGAUCUGCGCGACAUGAGUGCCUAUCAGAAGGUGAUGCACGACCUGGUGGAGACUAAGGAACCAACUGCGCCUGACCCCCUGCCCAAGGAAAAUUUCAUAGACGCGCAUACCCCCAAGAAGCGAGUCAGCCGCUUCAAGCAGCAGCGUUCGUCGCUCCGCAAAACGUAGCAAAAUAAUUGGAGUUUCUUCAAUUUACUUUCUAUGUAUAUUUGUUCAAGUUUAAUGUGGUGAUCUAUUACAAACACAACGACAAACAAUAAACAACUACUGGUGUGGUGUACAUAAAUUAUUAAAUUAAA